AUGGCUUCUUUCUCAAUGGUUUCAACUCCAGUCCAUCUCUACCUCCCAAAAAAGCUUACUUUCCCAAUCCGAUGCUCUUCUUCUUCAUCAGCGCCGUCCGUUUCGACCCCACCGAGCUGGACCCAGUUCGAUUUGAAAACCUACUGGACGACCCUGAUAGCCGAUAUCAAUCAGAAGCUUCACGAAGCCGUCCCGGUUCGGUACCCAGAUCAGAUCUAUGAAUCCAUGCGAUACUCUGUGCUCGCCGAAGGAGCCAAACGAGCCUCACCGGUCAUGUGCGUCGCUGCUUGUGAGCUCUUCGGCGGCAACCGCCUAGCUGCCUUCCCCACAGCCUGUGCCCUUGAAAUGGUACACGCAGCUUCACUCAUUCACGAUGAUCUUCCAUGCAUGGAUGACGACCCAUCACGGCGGGGCCAGCCCUCGAACCAUACAGUCUAUGGCGACGAUCUGGCAAUUCUAGCUGGUGAUGCUCUGUUUCCAUUGGGGUUUCAGCACAUUGUGGCAAACACGCCUUCCAGCCUCGUGCCCGAGCCACGCCUCCUGCGCGUGAUCACAGAGAUUGCCCGCACCGUGGGGUCCACGGGCAUGGCGGCAGGGCAGUUCCUCGACCUGGAAGGCGGGCCGGAUGCUAUCGAAUUCGCGCAAGAGAAGAAGUUUGGAGAGAUGAGUCAGUGUUCUGCUGUUUGUGGAGGAUUGCUAGGUGGUGCUGAAGAUGAUGAGGUGGAUAGACUGAGGAGGUAUGGCAGAGCUGUUGGGGUUUUGUAUCGGGUGGUUGAUGAUAUUUUGGAGGACAAAAUGAAUGGUGAGGAUGAGGAUGAGCGGAAGAAGAAGAAGGGCUUCAGCUAUGUGAGAGUUUAUGGGGUUGAGAAGGCUAUGGAGGUGGCAGAGCAGCUUAGAGCCAAAGCUAAGCAGGAAUUGGAUGGGUUUGAGAAGUAUGGUGAUGCUGUGGUGCCACUUUACAGCUUUGUGGAUUAUGCUGUUGAUAGAAGUUUUACUGUCAGUGACUCAAGUUGA